CACAGAGCAACGAGAGCACUGAAAAAGUCAUACAAUUUUUGUCUGUGCUUAUAUGGGUAUUUUUCGGAGCCAUGGUGCUUCGGAAUAUCAUCGUGGCUGUAAUGGUGGGUGGUUUCAUCAGAAGAAAGGAGGAAUACGAAAGAGUUGCUUCGGAGCAAGCUAAAUCUGAUCGCGCUCGCAAAGCUCAAAAACGGCUCAAGGAAAUCUUCCCAGUUUUUUACACUCAAAGCGUCAAUUGGGCAAGUCGUGAUCCUCAUUUCGCGACGCUGCCAGAGUUGAUGCAUAACGUGGAGCAGAUGAUGGUCGAGUGCGGUACAUGGAGAAAAGCGUGGAUGACAGCUUUGCAGUUCUUGCCAGAAGCUUCGGAGAGAACCACUUGGCCGACGCAGACUCUGGUUUACUACGAAUGCGCUUUAAAUGCUCUGCACAACAUACUCACUGAAGACCGGUUUCUCCUUAAUCUCACCCAAGAAAUAGCGAUUUCAGCGAUUGCUGAACGCUUGCGGAUCACGGAGCCGUACGAGUACAGCAUGCACCACGGAGAGGACGGUGAAGGCGGCGAAUUUUACGCCGAGGACGAUUCGGAUCAUCAUCAACCUCAUAAUUCUUAGGCUGAAAUUAUUUAUAAAAUAUAUUCCUUUUUGGAGAAUGAUUCAAAAUUCUAUCCGUUUUCUUCAGUGAGCAUGCCUUCUUUCACGAG